CCCUCCACUCGGAGUUCGGCGGUGCCGGACCAUGAUCGCUCCGGGCGCCGUGCGCCGGGCGCGGCGGAGAACCUGACCCGACCCGGGAACAUGGAGCUCAGCGGCCGCAGCUUCAGCUGCCGGAGGCGCUCGGUCCUCAGAUCCGAGUCGCACCUUAACCAGAGCGUGCAGCGGUUCAUGGCGAGUCCUCUGGUGACCUGGGUGAAGACCCUCGGCACCACCCUGGACGUGAACGGCGGGGACGAGAUCCAGUACCUGGAGCUGAAGACGCCGGGCCGCAGAGACUGCCAGAGCGACUACCUCAAGCUGGUCGAUGGCGUCUUCCUCAACAGAAUCAUGAGGGAAAUCGACCCCAACCCGCCAACCCAGCGCGUCUAUCGCAACGAGAACAACGACGAGGUGCUGAGGGUGCAGAACCUCUCCAUCCUGCUCCAGCACAUCAAGACCUUCUACCAGGAGGACCUCCAACAGUUGGUGCUGAUGGCUCCCCCGAAUGUCCAGCUGCUGGGACGGGACCCUCUCAGUGACGAGGGGCUGCAGGAACUGAACAAGCUCCUUCUCCUCCUGCUGGGAUGUGCCGUCCAGAGCGAGAGGAGGGAGGAAUUCAUCCAGCAGAUCCAGACAAUGGACCUGGACACACAGGCCUCCGUGGCUGGUCACAUCCAGGAGGUCACUCAGAACCCGCAGAACGUGCUGUCGCUACAGUGGCCGGAGAUGGACUCCCUGACUUCGCACGAGUUGCAGCUGCUCUUUGACAACAUGGCCUGUCACCUCAGGGCCCUGGCCAAGCAGAGAGAUGACAACAUGGAGCGGCUCUCUGAGCUGAUACAGGAGCGGGAGCGGGGCCCGGGCGAGGCCUGGCCCCACGGGGCCCCACCCUCCAUCCACGGGCCCGCGGACACCCCCCGGAACCUGACCGUCCAGCUCGCCGACUCCAGGGCCAAGCUGCGGCGCCUGCGCCAGGAGCUGGAGGAGAAGGGCGAGAAACUCCAGGACUGCAAGCAGGAGCUGCAGGAGCUUCAGAUGGAAUUCAAGACUCUGCAGAAGCAGAACCGCGAGCUGGUGCUAGAGGCCCGGACGGCGCAGACCUACAGGGACGAGGUGGACGUGCUGCGGGAGAAGGCCACCCGUGUGGACCGGCUGCAGCACGAGGUGAAAGCCUACAAGGAACGGCUGAACAGCAUCGAGUUCUACCGCGGGAAGGCUGAGGAGGAGAGAGAGUACAAUCAGGCGCUGCUGGAGACCAAGUCCCUGCUGGAGGAGCAGCUGGAAGCCGCCCGUGCCCGCUGCGACAAGCUGCACCAGGCAGAGAUGGAGAACCUGAUGCUGCGGUCAGCCCUGCGCGACCUGGAGACGGAGCGGGAGAAUGACAGGCAAAGGAUCGAGGAGCUCCUGGACAUCAACCUCAGCCUCAAGGCCGAGGUGAACGAGAGACUGGACAAGGCAGCGGAAACAACAUGGACAGCAGGGCCACUCUCCGAGGAGCUCGCGCACGGGGAAGGUACCGCGAAGCCCCUCAGCGAGGAGGUGGGCGAGGCGGCCACACGGCAGCUGGUGCAGCUGGAGCGGGAGAACCAGGAGCUGCGGCGCAGGCACGAGGAGCUGCGGCAGAGCUUCAGGGCUGCUGACAUCAGCAGCAGCGCCAGGAUUGCCGGCCUGGAGCAGGAGCGGCAGCAACUGCAGACGGCGCUGGAAAGACUCCAAUCCCAGCUGGAUUCCGAGAAGGAGGGCGUGCGGGACGCGGAGCUGCACAACUCCGAACUACUGGCGGAGAAAUCGCGGCUUGAGGAGUGUCUGCGGACGCUGCGGGAGGACUGGAACCGUGAGGUCCAGGAGCUGAGGCUGGAGAUCACUCGCCUAGCACCGUCCUCGGCCCUCCAGGGGCAGCGACCCCAGCCCGGAUCCGAGGCCGCACCUGGCGGCCAACCGCAGGGGCGGAGCGGGCCGCCAUCGCCGCCGAGCCGGCCAGAGCUGGAGGAUCCGGGGGAGAAGCGCGAGGGGCCGGAGCGGGAGAAGGCGCGGCCCGGCCUGGGCGGGGACCCAAGCCCGGGCCUGGAGCUGCCGAAGGUGGAGGCGGCCCCUGAGGGUCGGCGGGAGCCGCAGGCGGAGGAAGGCCGCAGGCUGCGCUGGGCCCCGGAGGGGGAGGGGCCACGCGACCCCGGCGGGGCGCCGGAGGGCCCGAAGAAAGAGGAGGAGGGGGGCUGGCAGCUGCCGAGGGGCCCGGAGGAAGUGACAGGACUGGAGAACCAGGACUGCAGCGAGGCCCCUGAGGGUCUGGAGGAGGAAAGCUGCAGGCAUUGUACGGCCCCGGAGGAGGAGACCCGGGACCACAGUGAGGCCACAAGGGAGGUGGCAGUGGUGGAGAACCAGGACUGUGGCAAGGCCCCAGAGAGUUAUUGUGGGCCAGAGGAGAAGGAGGAGGAGGGCCACAGGCUGACCAGGGUCCUGGAGACUCACCAGACCGAGGAGGAGGAGGAGGCCCGACAAGCCCUAGAGGCAGAGAGGGCAGAGCUGGCGAGGGAGAGGGAACAGCUGCGGAAGAAGGCAGGCUCCCUCCGGGCUUCGCUAGCCCGCUCCCAGGAGCUGGAGUCGGCCUGCCAGGCGCUGCGGGCCGAGGCCCGGCGGCAGGCCCGGGCCCUGGAGCGGGCCGAGGGCCGCGUCUCCGAGCUGGAGCGGGAGGCCGAGGCGGCCGAGGCGGAGGCACAGCGGAGGCAGAGGGAGGCCGAGGAGGGCUGGGCGGCGGCCCGGCGCCUGGAGCAGGAGAAGGAGGUGCUGGGCGAGGCCUCGGCCCAGGCCGAGAAGGAGAAGCGGCAGCUGGAGAAGGAGGCACGGCGCCUGAGGCAGCAGGCCGGUGUGCUGGAGGCCUCGCUGGACGAGCAGAACGCCCGCAUCCUCCGGCUGGAGCAGGAAAACCGGCGACUGGUGGCCGAGGCCGGCCGGGUUGGCGAACUGCUCGGCAGCCUGGCCGAGCUGGAGGCCGAGAGCGCAGGGCUGGCACGGCGGCUGGCGACCGAGCAGGGACAGCUGGCCUCGGUGCGAGAGGAGCUGUUGAACGAGAAACUGAAAACACAACAGCUGAGUAACCAGCUGGAAAACCUGAGCCACAAACUGCAGAGGCUGCGUCCGAACUCGGAGCAGGCGGUGACGAGCGCCCCGGCCGACCAGCUCAGUAAGUUUGACCAGCUGGAGCUGAGGCUGGACUCGGUGCUGAGGGAGUCGCUACAGAUGAAGGACGCGCACAUCGAGCGGCUGUGCGCCCAGCUGGAGGCGGCCGAGCAGGGCAACGCUACCCUCUCGGAGCAGCUGCGGGAGCUGAAGGAGAGUCUGGAGCGGCCCCAGCCCGAAGGCGACGCGGCUGAGCGGAGCUCGGGCACAGGGAGCGAGGCCGAGGAUUCCCAGCGGGAACGCCGCGACUCCGUGCAGGACCCACUCAGCGCCCGGCUCAUCGAGGUGGAGCGGAAGAACGCCACGCUGCUGGCGGAACAGGGGUCCCUGAGCUGCCGGGCCCGCCAGCUGGAGUCGCAGGUCCAGGGGCUGCAGGCGCAGACGCUGACGCUGCAGAACCACUGCAUCUCGCUGCAGGAGCAGGUGGGCAGCCUGCAGGCCCACAACACCAGGCUACAGGUGGAGAACACCUCGCUGGGCUCGAAGAACGAGGCGCUGGUGGCCGAGGGUGUCCAGCAACGGGCCCGCCAGGCCUCGCUGGAGGCGGAGGCCAAGGCGCUGGGCCAGGAGCACGCGGAGGUGAGGGGGCAGCUCGAGGCCCUGACCAGGGACCACGCCCGGCUGGCCAUCCUCCAUGAGCGCCAGGAGGCCGAGCUCGAGGCCCUCGUCAAGAAGCACGUGGCCCUGAAGGGAAGCUACAAGGCCCUGGAACUGGAGCACAAGGAGCUGGAGGCGAGGUACAGCCAGCUGCAGGCCGAGAAGGAGCGUCUGGAGCAGCUGGAGGCCGGCCUGAGGAGCCAGCAGGAGGCGCUGGAGCUGGAGGCCGGGAAGCAGCAGAGCCUGAGCCUGGCCCACCAGCAGCUGAAAGACGAUUACAACAGGCUGAGCCAGCUACACGGAGACGGCGUGCGUCAGUGGGAGGAGCUGCUGGCCGAGCACACGGUGGUGAAGGGCCAGUUGAGCGGACUGCAGCUGGAGAAGGCGCGGGCCGACCUGGAGCAGGCGGCCCUGAAGGAGCAGUUCCAGCAGCUCGAUGUGCGCUGGACCAAGCUCAGCUCCCACUGCGAGCUCCUGGGCGAGUUGAAGUCCAACCUGGAGGAGGAGAACCGUCAGCUGAUCCAGCAGGUGAAGGCGCUGACCGACGACAACCGAACCCUGCUGGAGAGGACGGUGGAGAGCCGGGACCAGUUCCACGAGGAGCAGCGGCAGUACGCGGACAAACUGAACAAACUGCGGAGGGAGAAGCAGAAACUGGUGGAGAAGAUCAUGGAUCAGUACAGGGUGGUGGAGCCUACCAUGCCCAGGAGCAAGAAGGGGAACUGGAUCGCCGACAAGAUGAAGAAGCUGAUCAGGCCACGGAAAGAGGUGAGCAAGGACCAGCUGAGGCCUUACUUCAUCUCGCCGGCCGGCGGCCCCGACGCGGCCGAGGGCAUCGUCCACCUCUCCCAGCUGGAGAAUUCCAGCCUCCUCUACGAAUCGGACCAGCCUGCCGGCGCCCCGGACGCGCGGGGCCCGGAGGGGGAGGGAGGAGCCCCCGGGCAGCCGGAGACGAUGCUGGUGCGGACCCGGCGGAAGCUGAGCUCGCGGAUCUACGGAGCGGACACCCCGCGCACCCGCUUCCGCCAGCGGCGGGUGGGCUGGGAGGAGGAGGAGGCCGAGACCAGCAGCACGGCUAGCCGCGACAGUGACCCGGCGCUGGACGGCAAAGAGAUAGCCAAGACCUUGGAGCAGGCGAGAGAGAGCCCCAGCGAGGCCGGCCGAGCACAGAGGCAGCACGGAAGGUGGGUGUCCUUCGUUUGA